AUGACUGAUACUGGUAUUUCUGGUGUCGUUUAUGAUCGCAGGGAACGUAUUAUUAAGCUUUCAAGAAUUACACAUAAACCAUUAAAAUCAAUACUUAAUGAAGCAACAACCAAGAGAACAGAAAUAAUUAAUAUGUUUAAACAGGUAUCUCUUGAUUUGGAAGGUUCCGAUUUUUAUAGAUAUCAUAAAAGUAUCUCUCCUGCAAUUCAAGAAUAUAUUGAGGCUAUUUCAUUUAUAGAAUAUUUACAAAAUGAUACAUUAAUUUCUAAAGAAAAGGUUGAUAUUGAUUUUAAAGAUGAAGAAGGUUCUCAAUUCUUAUUGGUCACAAAUGAUGAUUACUUAUUAGGUAUAGCGGAUUUAACUGGGGAAUUAAUGAGACAUGCAAUUAAUUGUAUUGGUGUUGGUGAUCACGAUCGUGCAAUUAAAAUUUGUAAAUUUUUACGCGAUAUAAAGUCAGGUUACGAUAUUCUAAAAAUUCCCAAGAGAGAUCCAUUAAAUAAAAAAAUGGAAAUAAUGCAUCAAAGUUUGAUUAAAGUUGAAGAUGCUUGUUAUGCAUUAAUUAUUCGUGGAUCUGAAUAUCCAAAAGAAUUUUAUCAACAUAUCGUAAGCGAACACGCGAAAAAUUUUGAUGUCGAAAUGGACACCGAUGAGUAA